UAAAUGACAGGUGAAUAUAAAAAGAUCUCAAUUGACUAAAGGACGACUUUACGAAUUAAUUGGAAACGUGAGAGCAGUUGAAUAAAUUGAAUUAAUUAUUUGAUAUAGACAUUUUAAACAAAUUAUUUUCGUCCUUCGGACAAGUUCAGAAUUGCAAGACAUUUUUUUUCUGGUUUAAUGUCAGAUGUUUUCUUCUUAUGACUUCAGAUUUUUUGUAGAAAACUUUUUUAUUCUCCUGGUACAGAUGCGUGUAUCAUCGGAAUUUCCGAGCGGCUGGGGGAAUUUAUAUAUCCGGGUGGCCUUCACAUGGGAAAUUGACGGAGGGCCACGGACAUUGCACCUGUGGAACCUGUAGUAAUGAACAAAUUCCGGAGACUGACUCAGUGUACCAAUCAUCCAGAUUCUCUUUAAAUACUUGACACGAAAUCAGGAAAUGUGGAAUCAAUCCCUGAAAGUCUCCAUUUGUCCGUUUAAUGGAUCUCCAGUCGAGUUUCCAUCAGCUUUCAUCCAGAAAUCAAAGAGAAACGAAUUGUCGCGGGUUUCGCUUGAUUUCGCCGAUCGGCAUCACCGAGCAUUGCCGAGCACCACCGAACAGCCAAUUGGUGCCGGAGGAAAAAUUCGCCUCGUAUGAGGAUAUAAAUAGCCUUGAAGAAGUGAUUGAAGAGACGAGAGACAGUGGAAAUGGAGAAGGGAACAAACAAGAAGAGACAGCCAUAGUCAACAGACUACAGUCUCCAGAAAAGUCUACAGAGGAUCGUGCGAAUAAAGAGGACAUUGACACAAGACAUUCGUGGGAAAAACUGAAUUCCGAGAUAUCUGAGGAAAUAUGUCAGUCUGCUGAAAACCACAUUGCUGAUUUAAAUGACAAUGACAAAUUGCUGAGUACAAAAGUUCAUUUCAAGGUGAAGCCUAAGUGGGGGUUUACGAGAACUGUUAUGCAUUAUGUACCGAACAGAGCAAAGAGAUCGAAAAAAAUAGGUAAAAUGAGACCACGAAAGAUUAAAACGAAAGAUGAAAUUUCUUCUUCUGCCAGUGUAUCACAGCCAACGAAUUUCGUUCAUCUCGCUGGAACUGCACGUUGGGCUUGGCUCAAUGAAACACCUUUCAAUUCACAUUCUCGUCCAAUUAUAACGCAUCAGGAAAAAUUCGCUAGAUUACCAAUGGUGGGGGAGCAAACACCAGACAAACAAUUCGAUGUGAAAAUAUCUACAGAUAUCAACACCGAUGAACGAAAUUGUAGACCUUCUGCGAAUUCAAGUUUUCUCUGGAGUAAUUUAUCUAAACAAACUGCCGAUGUGGUUGACAGUGAAGACCAAGAGAAUUACGACGACGUGGGAGUAUCAGUGGCUCAUGAAGAUGCAGAGGAUGUAUACGAUGAUGUGGGCCCACCCUUAACAUCCGUUAAGAUAUCUCCUUCCGCAGUUGAUUACCACCACGAUGACGAUGAUCAAGUUUACGAUGACGUCAUGCCCCCGAGUAAUCUCUCUCUGAGGAGGAGCACCCAGGGGGAAAAUUGUGACAGUAAUCCUUCGAAUUUGCAGGGAUUUCCCACUGGAGAAAAAGACAACUGUGGAGAGGACUUGAUUUAUAUGAGAAAUGAUUAUUCUUCGGUAGAUGAGGAUGCGGAUGACGAGGACACAUUGUAUGAUGAUGUCGGUGUAAAUUGUCAGUCUCGAGUUAACAGCCUCUACGCUGCCUCCACUAUUGUCUCACAGGCGGAAUCGAGUUAUGGAAAGGAAUCUGAGUGGGAGGAUCUGGAAGAAUCACUGUCUGAAGUCGUAUCGACAAACAAUCAAGAGGAUGGAGGCAGUCCCUCGAAAAGGAGAACGGGUCGACGGGCGAGGAAAGUGAGACGGCAGAGAUCAAAGGCAUUGCGCAAAAAUUCAACACGAAACACCAGUCAAAUUGUUGGGAUCUCUCGUCAAUCAGACGCUUCUGAUACAGCAUCUGAUGAUUCGAAUUACGAGACUCUCUGCUCAGAGCCGAGCGAGUCGAUUAGAGCAGUUGAAAGCAGUAUUGAAAAUUUGAUGGAGAGUCCAGCUGUCCAGGAGGCACCAUCGAGACCUGUUCCACCACCACCGAGAGAAUCCAGUCUCACAGAGACAUUUGGCAAGCGAAUUAAAAUGUUACGGCGUACGUGGAGCAUCACCAAAGGAAGUCUCGGUCGCAUGCGUCGAAAAACAUCGACUUCUGCGGAUCCAAUUGAUUCAAAUAUUGACGAUGUGCCACUGAAAUCAUCGAGUUGUGAAAACUAUCAAAGUGAUACGAGAAAGUCCAGUCAAACUUUCAAUUUGCGAAAGCAUUUUCAGAGGAAUGUGUCGUCCCACUCGACGUUUUACCUCGAUAAUGAGAAUGAAAUUGGAAAAAAUAAUAAUGAGAGCAUCUACAAAAUAUAUGGUACCUCUAAUUGGUACGGGGAUUCGGACUCCUGGAAGACAGAUGAUACACCUAGGCACCAGCUUGAUAAUUCAGAUGAUUACAAUAUGCUAGCUGAAGAACCGCUCUAUCAGUUCUACGCAGCUGCGACAGUAAGAGGGGCAUUUCAGUCAGAUUCCGAUAGUAAUUACGGUGAGGAUGACAUCAAUUCAAUUUUUUCGCCAUCAACUUCGGAAUUGGGAAGACCAGGGCACAGGACUUUGUGGUGUGAAACACCACAGGUGAAAAAUACUCAACUACUUGAAAAAUUGACAAACGACGAGAAGAAACUCCAAGAAGCGAAAUUUGAGAUCCUGACGUCAGAGGCUUCAUACCUAAAUUCCCUUCGAGUACUUGUCAAUGAGUUUUUGAUAAAUCAUGAGCUAGUUUACGAGGUCCUCUCUGUGGCAGAUCGUGAGAAGCUCUUUGGUAAAGUUCCAAAUGUCCUGAUAGCCUCGGAGAAAUUUCUCGGGGAGUUGGAAGCGACUUGGCGACAGGAUCCACUGAUGCGUGGUCUUCCAAAUGUUCUCCUCCAACAUGCCGAGCGGUGCUCCAAAAUCUACAUCGAUUAUUGCUCCAACCAAGUCAGCAUAGACUCCACAUUGAGAGAGUUGAAAUCGAGAAAGAGUAAAUUUUUGGAGACUAUUAUGAGGAUCGAGGCGCAUCCGGCAUGCCAGAGUCUCUCAUUGCACUCAUUUUUGAUGCUACCUAUGCAGAGGGUGACGAGACUGCCACUCCUGGCAGAUGCAGUAUUAUCAAAACUCUCGACAGAUCACGAUGAGCGUCUGCACUGGGAGAGAGUUGUGUCAGUUUUAGGUGGAGUUGUUACAGAGUGUAAUGAGGGGGCGAGAACAGCUGGACGUCAAAUAGAAAUGGAGACACUAGCUAGAAAACUCGUCUACUCAGCCAAAGUACCUCCAGUGGAUCUUCGUGGGAGACAUCUGGUCAGAAGUGGGCCAGUUACCCAGAUGAUGGCCAAAUCUGGCAGUGAAUAUGUCCUCACAUUCAGAAAAAAAUAUCAAAAGACACCUCUGUACCUUCUACUCCUGACUGAUCACAUUCUCGUGGCUAAAUGCAAAGCCAAUUCCAGUCAGGAAGACACGUACACUGUCAUCGAUACCAGCAAAAGGAGUCUCGUGGAGCUGGAGAAGGUGCCCGAUGACUCUCCAUUUGCAGAAAGGUACGCCAUGAUUCUUACGUUGCUUGAGAAUCAUAAUGGGAAACAUGUGGAGUACAUAUUGUCCUGUCAGAAUGGAACUGAGAGGGAGAGAUGGCUGGAUGCAAUGUCACCUCCAGUAUCUAGUUCUGUUGGAGAAACUCUUUAUGAAUCUUGGGAUUGUCCUCAAGUUAUGGCAUUGUAUUCUUAUGCACCGAGUCAGCCUGAUGAAUUGUCUCUGCAACCUGGGGAUGUGAUAAAUGUUGUGAGGAAGAUGGCAGACGGAUGGAACCACGGGGAGAAGCUCGUGGGUGGUGAACAGGGCUGGUUUCCUGGGAAUUUCGUCAAGGAAGUUGCCUCUGAGCACGUCAGGGCCAGGAAUUUGAGACAACGACACAGACUCUUGGCACUCAGUGAGUGCUUACUGCAGCAGAGGGCUAAACAGUCCAUUAAUUCUAAUCGAUAAUUGAUAUUGUUGAGUAAUCAAUUAAUAAUACCGAAUAUAAAUUCAUAUAUUGAUUCUCUGGAGUAUUCAAAAAAUUGUAUAUACAUGUGUUGCUAUAAAAUAGGAAUGUUUGUAUCUGUUGAAUAAAUCCAUGUUUAUGAAAAUAUAUUUUUAAAUUCCAGUGGGCUAUGAUUCUAUGGUAGUAAAAUGCAAUGAGAUUAAAA